AUGGACCAGAGCAGAUGGCGCAUUGCGGGCAUACAGCAUGUCCGGUCCUUCAGCGGCGAGGAUGAAGGUACGGACAAGGCGCUCAAGCUCGCGUACGGGUCCCUCUUUCUCCCGCACCCGCCCGCCACCCCCGACGCGCCCCUCGCCGCCGCCUGCGCCGCGUGGUCCGGCGUCGACCGCAUCAGCAGCCUCCCCGACGAGAUCCUCCGGAACGUCGUCGCCCGCCUGCCCGUCAAGGACGCCGCGCGCACCGGCGCGCUCGCCUCGCGCUGGCGCAGCCUCUGGCGCUCGGCGCCCCUCGUCUUCGCCGACUCCAACCUCCUCCAGGGAUGCAGAGAGAACCCGCUCUGGCGCCCGGGCCUCGAGGAAACGCUCGGCGUCACCAACGAUGUGUCCGACAUCCUCGCCGCGCACCCGGGCCCCUUCCGCUGCGUCCAGAUUACGUGCUGCUACUUGGACAUGAACAGGGAAAAGAUCAAGGGCUGGCUGAAGCUGGUCGCCGGCAAGGGCGUCCAAGAACUUGCCUUUAUCAACCGCCCUUGGCCGCUCGACCUCCCUCUCCCCACCACGCUCUUCAGCUGCACCUCGCUCACCCGCCUGCACAUCGGCGCCUGGAAGCUCCCGAGCACCGCCACUCUUCCGGACGCCGUCGCCUUUCCCCACCUCUUCCUCACCUUGAUCACCAUGAAGGAUCAAGACCUCGCCUUCCUGCUCGAGAGGAGCCCCGUCCUGGAGGUCCUCACCAUCAUCACAAGCCAGAGGGACGUGCGCCUCUGCUUGGCCAGCCGCAGUCUACGGUGCCUGCAGCUGGGCAUGUCUUGCUUGGGGGAUUUCACCGUGGCGGAAGCUCCUCGCCUGGAGAGGUUCUUUCUGCUGAUGACGCAUCGCAUUAGGGGCAACAAGUUCUCGAGGAUCAAGAUUGGCAACGCACCCAACAUGCGCAUGCUGGGAUACUGGCCGCCGGGACAGCACGAACUACAGAUUGGCAACACCAUCAUCGAGGUGAGCCCAAGCACCAUCAUCCCAAGCGUCAAGAUCUUGGCUUUGCAGGUGCAUUUUGAGGUCCGCAAUGAAGUCAAGACAGUGCCUACCUUCCUCAAGUGCUUUCCCAAUGUCGAGACGCUCCAUAUUCAUGUAAAACUUAGCAACCUUGCUUGUUUUUUCAUUUGGCAUUUUACAUCAGUGGCGCCACGCCACUAGCUUUCUAGCCUUAUUAAAUAAUUUGUUGCCACCAGAAUCAUAACCAUAUGUGCCUU